CAGGACUUGGUGACCUUUCCUGAUGUGGCCGUGAGCUUCUCCCCUGAAGAGUGGCCAUGCCUGGACGUCUCUCAGAGGAGGCUCUACAGGGAUGUGAUGCUGGAAACCUACGAGCACCUGCAGGCAGUUGGGUAUUUUGGGGUAAAGCCUGCGAUAAUCUCCUGGUUGGAAGGAGGUGCCCUGGGGAGGCUGCCACAAAGCCUGUUUGCUGCAGAAUUGAAGCCAGAAAUUCAUCCUUGUUCCUUCUGCUCUCUCAGCUUCUCCAAUCAGAGCUUUCUCAUUCGUCACAUGAAACGAAGUCAUCCUUCUUGGAUCCUCCUGGGAAUACCUGGAAGAAAGCGCCCUCAAUCAGAGAAUUCCUGUCGAUAUGAACUGAACCAAUGGCAGCAGCAUUCUGAUCUAUCUAAUGACAAUCCAAAGAAUGACAUACUUGAAAGUGAGAAAAACAUAGAAAGUACCAUACAUUUGGCUAAUAGGAUGAGUCAUAGUAGAAUAUCAACAGCCUUUUCUAGACUAUUUAGUGGUCAAAUAGAUAGUUCCAGUAAACAGAUGACAGUUGAGGAAGACAUUAACACAGACCUGAAAGAAAAUUCAAAGGAGACAGAUGGAGUUGUUCCUCGGAUAGACUUGCCAAUAAUUGUAAGAGACAAGUAUGUAAGGCCUGGGCAAGGCUUCGGUGAUGGAUCAAAUCUCAUCACGCAUCAAAAUACUCACACAAGAGAGAAACCCCAUGUUUGUAUGGAGUGUGGACGUGGCUUCAGUUGGAAGUCAAGUCUCACAAAACACCAGAGAACACACACAGGGGAGAAACCAUAUAUUUGUCGAGAGUGUGGGCGAGGCUUCAGUCAGAGGUCUCAUUUUAUCACACACCAGAGGACACACACAGGGGAGAAACCCUAUGUUUGCGGAGAGUGUGGGCAUGGCUUCAGUACAAAGUCACUUCUUACCACACACCAAAGGACACACACAGGGGAGAAGCCCCAUGUUUGCAUGGAGUGUGGGUGUGGCUUCAGUGUGAGGUCAACUCUCCUCAGACACCAGAGAACACACACAGGGGAGAAACCCUAUAUUUGCGGGGAGUGUGGUCGUGGCUUCAGUGAGAAGUCUUAUUUUAUGGCACACCAGUGGACACACUCAGGGGAGAAACCCCAUGUUUGCCAAGAGUGUGGGCGUGGCUUCAGUGAGAGGUCAAGACUCAUCAAACACCAAAGAAUACACACAGGGGAGAAACCCUAUGUUUGUUUGGAAUGUGGGCGUGGCUUCUGUGAGAGGUCAAAUCUCAUCAGACACAAGAGGGUACACACAGGGGAGAAGCCGUAUAUGUGCAGAGAGUGUGGACAAAGCUUUGGUUGGAGGUCAACUCUCAUCAAACACCAGACGACACACACAGGGGAGAAGCCCCAUGUUUGCAGAGAGUGUGGACUAGGCUUUGGUUGCAAGUCACAGCUCAUUAUACACCAGAGAACACACACAGGGGAGAAGCCCCAUGUUUGCAGAGAGUGUGGACGAGGCUUUGGUCAGAAGUCAUAUCUCAUUAGACACAAGAGGACACACACAGGGGAGAAACCCUAUGUUUGCAGGUUGUGCAGUCGAGACUUCUGUGAUCGGUCAGCUUUCAUAACACACCAGUUCACACACACAGGCAAGAUGCCACAUGUUUGCAGGGAUUGUGGACGAGGCUUUGGUCGGAAGUCACAUCUCAUUAGACACGAGAGGACACACACAGGGGAGAAACCCUAUGUUUGCAGGUUGUGCAGUCGAGACUUCCGUGAUCGGUCAGCUUUCAUAACACACCAGUUUACACACACAGGCAAGAAGCCAUAUGUUUGCAGGGAUUGUGGGCAAGGCUAUACUCUGAGAUCAACUCUCAUCGCACACCAGAGGAUACACACAGGUGAGAACCUCUUAGUUUGCAGAGAGUGUGGACGAGGCUUUGUUCGGAGAUCACAUCUCAUCUCGCAUCAGAGGACACACACAGGGGAGAAGCCCUAUAUAUGUAAAGAAUGUGGGCGAGGCUUUAGUGCAAAGUCAAGUCUCAUCUCACACCAGAGGACACACACAGGGGAGAAGCCCUAUGUUUGCAAAGAAUGUGGGCGAGGCUUUUGUGCGAGAUCAGGUCUCAUCUCACACCAAUGGACGCACAUAGAGGAGAAGCCCUAUAUUUGCAGAGAAUGUGGUAAAGGCUUCGGUCUGAGGACAGGUCUCAUAAGACACCAGAGGACACACACAAGAGAACGCCAUGAUUGCUGAUUGGGUGGCAAGGCUUCUGCCAGGUUUUGCAUCUCAUUACACCAGAGG